AGACAAGGUGUAAUAAAAAACAUCCUCGGCCGUCCGUCUCUUUCCCUCUCUUCUCUCUCUGUCUCUCUGUCUAUUCUCUCUCCACAAUCUCUCCGUCUAAGCAUUUGAUAGAUAUAACUGUGCCGACAGUGCCUCCAAUCACACUGACUUCGCUCCUCGUGCCUAGGAAACCAAUUCAGACUUGUUAGUCACUCUUCCUCCUUUAUUCCUUCACUAGAUAAUCUCCAUAGUUUCUGGUAUAAUUAUUAUUUUAUAUUAUUUCAGCCAAUUAUACGUGUUUCGUUCUUCUUCCUCCAUCCUUAUCCAUCUAUCUUGUUACAUAGUACCUCUUUUUUACCCACUUUCUCUUUUAUUUUUCUUCUCUUCAUGACAUGUUGUUGCUUUUGGUUUUUUCCUGCACAUAUAUAUCAUCUGUGAUUCAACAACUCCUUUUGUAGUUAUUGGUUCUUGGGGGAAUCUACUUUAUCAAGUAACAGCUGCUAGAGUUUACACAUAUUAUUCUUGUUUAAUUUGAUUGCAAUUCGAUUUGCUGUAGAGGAAAAGUCAGAGAUGACUAUGCAUAGUGUAUAUUAUAAAGAAGAUGAUGAAGGGGCUGCUGCAUAUAGUCCCAUUGGCCACUUGUCAUCUGCUUCAGUUCCUUGGUGGACUCAAUUGCCUAGUGCUCAGUCUGCUUGCCCAUCAAAGUCUUCUGUGGAUCACUCUUCUACUGAAGACCAAUUCACCCAUGAUGCAGGCGACUGUAAGAGUCUAAAAGAUGGUGGAAAACCUAUACAAUCUGGGGCAGCAUUUGCCACUCAGGCAACUCCACGUGAAUAUGGAAGUAGUUUUGAGCUCGGAUUUGGCAAACCUGUGAGCUCUGCGAACCCUUAUGGAGAUCACUGUUAUGGAGCCUUCUCAACUUAUCUCCCUCAAUUCACGGGACGGGUUAUGCUACCGCUGAACUUGGCCAGUGAUGAUGGACCAAUAUUUGUGAAUGCUAAGCAGUACCAUGGAAUACUCAGGCGCAGGAAAUCUCGUGCAAAGGCGGAGCUUGAGCAUAAGCUGACCAAGAGUCGUAAGCCAUAUCUGCACCGCUCACGCCACCUUCAUGCAAUGCGUCGCCCAAGGGGUUGUGGUGGCCGCUUCUUGAACACAAAGAAAAGAGAUGAUGGUAAGGGAACUAACUCGAAUGGUGGAAGACAGCUAUUUCAGCCUACCGGGUCUCAGAAUUCGGAAGUUCUGCAGUCUGAUAGCAGCAAUUUGACAUCACCAAGGGAAGUUAAUUACUGCAGGCAAAAUCUUUCUGGGUCAGAGGCGACUAGUAUGUUCUCCAUGGCAGAUCUUAAUCACUUUCCUAUGAGCAACGUUCGUACAUCUGGAGUCUCUCUUGCUGAUAUGAUGACUGGCCACAGUGUUUUUACUCACAGUAAGUGGUUUGCAGAAGCCGACAGCUGCUGCAACCUCAAAGUCUGAUGCAAGAGAGUGACGGGGUUGGUUAUCAACUUGUUGGAACAAAUCCCGUCUUUUAUGCAUCCAAAUGGAUUACUCUGUUCCAUUAACAUUCGGAUGCAUAGGCAAAUCAUUCUUGGCUUUUCUGCAAAAGGUUUUGUUGGCCGCCUCUGAAGGUCCUCUACGAUUCAUGGGGCGGUCAAGAGAUACUAAAACCUUAUUGCAUUGUGAAAAUGUAGCUUUAAAUAGAUUCUGAUCAUGAUUUAAAUAAGAUCCUCAAACUAUGGCUUUAUGUUUGUGGGAGAAUUUGAAGUUUGGAAUUUUACAGAUAUUUUUUGUGUGAUGUCUUGUACUCUGCUGAAGUAUCUGUUGCAAGUUGUAACAUUUUGAU